GCCAGGAGGGAGAGAGAGAGACUUCUCGCCCACUAGUGAAGGUAAUAUGAAGAUAAUUCUACUUGUCAUUGUGCUUGAAUUCCAUUGGCCAGUUUUGCAAGCUCUAUUCACUGUGGAAAUGGCUAAAGCCUUGUAUCUCGCCGAGUUUGGAAACACUGUCAAAAUGGAGUGCAGAUUCCCGACAGGAGGCAGUCUGGACAGUAUAAAUGUGUAUUGGCACCGCAUGCUAUCUAAUGGCUCGGAGUACGAAGUGUAUACGCUGUUAAAUGGGAACGAAGACCUGCAAUCACAGCACCCUGAAUAUAAAGGGAGAGCCCAUAUGAAGCCAGACCUGCUCAGGAAGGGGCGGGCGGAGCUGGAGAUCUCCAAUGUUAAGAUUUCUGACUCUGGCUCAUACAGGUGCCUCAUCAAAAUGGGAGGGGCUGACUACAAACAGGCCACCCUUAGUGUUAAAGCACCCUACAAGAUAAAAACCCACGUAAAGGAACUUCCUAAAAAUGCUGAUCAUAAGGAUGCAGAACUGUCUUGUGAAUCUGAAGGAUAUCCCCCAGUCCAGGUGCUCUGGAGGGAUGGGAAUGACCAAGACCUCAGCAAAAAAGCUUCCAGCAAACAUUCUGUCACUGCAGAUCAGCUGUUCCACAUAUCAAGUCUCCUGAUUGUAAAUGCGAGCUCCAACAACACAUACCACUGCAUACUCUGGAAUGAAACCAUGGAGGAGACUUAUAAUGCCAGUCUUAGAAUCCCAGCGGAUAUAAAGACUGUUGAUCCACCUAUUGCAGAUGGUGUCUCUUCAACUGCAUAUUGGGCCACGGUGGCUAUCUUGCUUGUGACCAUAGUAAUGGUGGGAUUGAUAAUACUAAUGUGGAAGAAAAAAAUUAAAUGUUCCCAACUACGAGCUAUGUCACAGCGGCAUCCUGAAGAAGAGAAUGAAGUGCACAUCCACAUUAACACCAAUGAAGACGAUGGUAGUUUGCAACAGAUUGAAAAUCUCAGGGAGUUAUUGAAAGCAAAAUACACAGCAAGUUCAUUUUCAGACUGGGCGAUUGGGGAAUGGCAUUCAGGUUUCUGUGAGCAGUUUUUGCCUCAAAGACUUGUUAACAGUGAUGGGCAAACUCAACCACUGACAACCUUGAUACCGCAGCCAAAGGGGGCGCUGUUGCUGGAGGGGGAUCCUUUAAGUGGAAAAAGUCGUUUGUGCCAGGCCCUGGCAGCGAUGUGGGCUGACAGCACUGGCGAAGACACCUUUGGUGCGAGGGAGUGUGAGCUUGUCGUGUUGCUGCAGUGCGAAGGCUCCAUUGGGAACAUUUAUGAAGAAAUGAUAAGGCAGCUGUUACCGGAGAAGAGGUUCAGUGAGGCAGACCUGGAGGCUGUUCUGAUGGAUCACUUCAACACUUUAUUGAUUCUGGAUGGGUACAGUAAAGGAAAUACAACACUAGAUGAGUCGUUGAGGAGCCUUAUAAGGGAAGGGUAUUCUAUACGCAUUCUGGUUACAAGCCUUCCUGAAGGAUGUGAACACAUUUUAGACUGUUUUGGAUCUGUUCUGAAGCUGCAAAAUGGAGUCGCAGCUGAUAUCUUUCUAUAAUAUGCUUUUUAGGCCUUUAAGCUAAUAAAGAAAACAUGUACAAUUUAUUAAACAAAUCACAAGCUUACUAAAGGACAUUUGGACAUCUUAUGAAACAUUUCCUAAAGACUACUAUAUUUGCACCUUUUACUGUGCACUGCAGAGAAUUCUUAAAAGAUCAACAUACUGUUCUGCACUUCUGUUAUUUUUUUCAAGUGAAGAUUUGCAUCGGAAUCGAUGCACGGGUGUUGGGAAAAUCUACAGGCCAUUGCUUUUCAAGGGUAGCCUAAUGAUUGGGCUGCCUAUUUGCUUGUGCAGUUCCCUUUACGGUGAUUUCUAGAUUCCAAUGAACUUGGUGAGGCACAGCCUGUGUUUCUCUUCUCAGGUCAUAUAAUAUCUUGUCUCUAAAGCUUUAAUUAGAUAUAUCAUUGACUAAUCCUUUUAGUAUUCCCACACACAAUAGAAAGGAAUUUCCUAAGGUCAUAUUUAUAACCUAGGGGAAGGAUUGUCACAAGCAUCUUUAAAUUUAAUGGAUUGUAAACAACUGAGAUAUGAUUAAAUGGACCAUAAGAAAGCACUUAGUCUCAUAAAAUAUUCCAUUUACAUCACAUACAUACUUCCAAUCGAGAAGUUAUGUUUUUAUUAACACUGGGUGACAUAACUGGUUCUAUGGCCCUAGUUUACUGUUUCAAAUUAAAUGAUCACCUUGUGCCUGUUGCCUGUUAACCUGCAUUCUAAAUCAGUCUUAGUGGACAAUACAGGGGAAUACCACAGAUGAAUAAAAAUCCUUUAUAAAUAAUAUAUUAUACAAUAAUGCAUUUUAAGAAAAUUGUUUGAAAAGUGUUGGUGUAUAAAUAGGGGACUGCCUGGAAUCAGUUUUAUGCCACAUUGGAUGGCUCCUCAUCUGUGGCAUAAAACUAAUGGAAAACAAGUAUACCAUGCUCCAUAAUUAACCAUAUCCUGAAUAAUUCACCUCUUCAGACUGACUGCUACUGCCUAAUGAGCAUUUCAUGAUGUUGAUUGUUUUUUUAAUGCAUUUAUGCUGCCCUCUGGUGAAGACAUGUUGGUAAAGAGACACAGGUCUCAGUGGACAAAUAAUUGAAAUACACAUUACUUUAUCAAGGCCUUGUGGCCAGAUUUUGAGCUGAAGAUUGGAUUCUGUAAGGUGUUGGGUACUAUCUCAACAUCUGACCCGUUAUGACCCUUUACUUAAAACUAAAUGUAAAAAAUGGUUCAAUGUAACUAACCUUGAACUUAAUUUUACAUAUAGACACAUGGUCAUGUGAUAUCUGCUUAUUUAUACAGUAUAAGUUUGAUAGUGAGGAAAUGAAACUUUAAUCAUGAACCUGGUCAUAAAUUCCAGGUCUAAGUAAUAAAUUCCUUAAAGCAUUACAACGCAUCCUGUGACUUUGAUAUCAUUCUCCCUACUUUCAGUGGUUGCCUCCUGUGUGUUACGUUUGUUUCAAGUUUAUUUUGCAGUUGAUUUAAAUCUUUACUCACAUAUUCUGGGUUAAUCAAUGUGUGCAUUUGGUGACCUGAUAAUUCAGUUUGUAUUGUACUGUACAUUCUUUUUGCUAACACCUCUGUUACCCGUACAGGGCACAAGAAUUGCAAUGCUUUUGUGCACAUAGAUAUUAAGAAAAAUGCUCUAACCUACAUGUCUCUGGUAUUGACAGUACAGUGCAAUAUAUAGGUUUCUUGAUUGGAAACCUAUAUUAAUUGGAAAUGUCAUAUUAACAUUUUUUCAGUUUUAAUUUGAUUGUCCAAACAAAUUGAUUUAACAAAUUAGGAUAACAAAAGUUUCAUUGUAUAGAUCAUAAUCUGUACCAUAAUACAAUUGCCUUGUCAAGUUGUGUUUAUAUUUAAUCAAAAGUCAGUAAUAAACCUUCGGGGAAAAAAAAAAAAAAAACCUACAGAGACUGUAAAUGUUUAAUGCUAGAAUUAUGAUAUUGCAGAUUUGUAUUUCUGUAGCUGCUAUCAGAAUAAAUUUCUUUAUGAUAGCGUUGUUCUGAUUAUAUGUCAGUUUAGACUCUUUGGGUCCGGAUUUGCAAGACUCUACUGUAUAUGUUUGUUGAACUUUGAAAGUAUAUGUUGUAGGUUAUUUUGAACUUAGUGUGAAACUUUUCCUGAAGUUCCCCAAACACAGAUGUUGGUAAGGAUGUCACAGGGCCUUAAACAGAUUACUCCCAAAGCAGAACAAACAGAACAAAACAGCUGUGUGGAUAAGUGGAACUUUUAUUCUGACUGAAGUACAUAGCAAUAUGACAUUUAGAAGGCAGCUAGACAGUUCAGUAAUGGGGUACUGAAAUUAUAUUGACCAUUACUUACUGACCCAGCACAUGUGGAUACAAUCCAACACUAAUAAUUGUGAUUGUGGUUUAAAAUGUUUUAAAAAUGUGAAGUACACUGGAGGCAGAAUGUUAUGAAAGUCAAGCAAAUGCAAGGGCAGAGGCACAUUUUACAAGAUAAAUGCAAUUAUUUUGAUGGUAUAAAACAAGCAAAAAGGUCAAUAACUGCUCUUACCUCAAGUUGUUUCUACAAUAAAUUUAAAAUGCACUUUUCAUAUUUUGUCAUUGUGUAUACUGCUGUUAUUUAUUCAUUUAUU